ACCGAGAUGGAGUUCUCCUUCUUCUACGACACCGUUCUCUGGAGGACAGGGAUCCAGACGGACAGCGUGCUCUCGGCCCGCCUGCAGAUAAUCCCCAUCUACAUCCGCGAGGACAGACGGCUGGUCAUCGAGUUCAAGACGCAGGCCAAGUUCAGAGCGCUGUUUGUCAUGGAGCACCACAGCCUGCCAGAUGUCAGGUCCUCUUUGAGAACUCCAGAGCACCUGGGAGGCAUCGAAUUUGACCUGCAGCUGCUGUGGAGUGCUCAGACUUUUGAUUCUCCCUACCAGCUCUGGAGAGCAACCAGCUCCUACAACAGGAAGGAUUCCUCUGGAGAAUACACCAUGUUCCUGAUCCCCUGCACGGUGCAGCCCACGCAGCCGUGGGCAGAGCCUGGAGCCAAGCCCCUGCCCUGCACGGCUCACGCUCCCGAGCGGUUUUUGAUCCUGAUCACCUUCCAGCAGACAAGCCGCCCAGUUCCAGUUGUUUACUCCCAGAACACAGAGUUUCAGAUCUGUAACGACGAGAAGGUUUUUCUAAUGGACCCCACCAAAUCGGAAAGGUCUCUGGCAGAAAUGGAUUACAAGGGAGCUUUUUCCAAGGGGCAGAUCCUGUACGGGCACGUGCUCUGGCACCCGGAACAAAACCUCAACGCUGCUUACAAGCUGCAGCUGGAGAAGGUCAACCUGUGCACAGGCAGGGAUGGCUACGUGCCCUUCCUCGACCCCACGGGUACCGUCUACAACGAGGGGCCCCGGUACGGCUGCAUCCAGCCCAACAAGUACCUGAAACACCGAUUCCUCCUCCUGGACCAAAACCAGCCAGAAGUGAGGGAUAAGUAUUUCCACGAUGUGCCUUUUGACGCCCACUUUGCUUCCCAGCUGUCCGAGUUCCACUCGGUGAGCAGCAUGCCCGGAGUUGAUGGAUUUACUCUCAAGGUGGAUGCUCUCUACAAGGCACUCAUGAGAAAGCUCUUUAAAAACACAUUAUUCGUGUUCCUGAACGAAUGAAUGCCGUUGCAAAGGCAGGACACCUCACGGGGUGGUCCGUGCUCCCGAGGAGCUCCCCUUGAACACCCGAGGUGGAG